GGGGGGGAGCAGGAGAUGACACGAGCAGGCCAGGAAGCUGGGCGCGCGCUGGCCGGACCCACGCGUGCAGGCGUGCGGAGGCCCAGGCCGCUGGGAGGGCGGAGCGUGCGGCCACCACCAGCAGGAGGGGCCCGUCGCCAGAAAGGCGUCCAGCCACUCGUGCACCCAGCCCUGGGCCCAGGCCAGCCACGUCAUGCGUACCGAGCUUCCUGGGGGCGUGCUUAUGACGUUCUCCGUGCUCAUCUGCACUUCUGGGCGAGCUAAACAAAGGGCCAGGGGAGCGGGCCGUCUUUCGGAGAGGGAGGCGUGCACGGCCUGCGAGGAGCAGGCACGCAGCCGGGGCCGAGCGGGCGACGCAUCCACGCCGCGCGGGCGGAUGGCCUCGGCGCGCCCCAAGGGCCCUCGGCGGGCCGCCGCCGGCGCGCCUGGCGCGCGGCCGGCGCGGCCUGCCGGCGCGGCCUGCGUCGAGGCGCUCGGGCACGCGCGGCCCGGGCCGCCGGGCGGCGGCUGCCGGGGCGGAGGGGGGACAUGCCCGACCUAA